CUCUCUCCUCCGGCUGGCUGGCGGACACGCGCGCGCGGGCGCUCUCGCCUCCCCCCCUCCCCACCGCCAGCCUUUCUGCAUUUCUCUCCAUUAGGACGGGCUGAACGAUGAGAUCGCUCGCAGCCACCGCCGCCGCCGCCGCCCAUUAGAGACCCCCCAGGUUAGGGGGAGGGGAGAGGAAGAGGGGGAGGAAGGGGGAAAAAAAUAACCCACCCCAAUCCAACAGCAGGGAAAGAAGGAGAAGGAAAAAAAGAAAAAGAAAGAGAAAAAGAAAGAAAGAAGGCAGAGGAAAGAAAAUCCGAAGGAGAGAAAUUCUGGCCGAAGAAGGAAGGGCGGACCAAACCCCCAAAUCUUGAGCACUUUCUCCCCGUUUUGCAAACGAUACCGGAGCCGGAGCUCUCAAGCAACCGGGGCCAGCUCGGUUUUCUUCUCCAGCUGGGGCAGAAGAAGCGAGAGCUCCGCUGCCUCCGACCCCGCUUCUUCCGACUCCUCCGGCAGGCGAGCUACCUCCCUUCUCUUCUCCCAGCGCCCCCCCAUUCUCUCUCUCCCCCCCCCCCACACACACCCCAACUCUCCUCCCGACCAGCUCCUGCAGCUCCCGCAAGCUCGGCUGGUUCCUUUGGAUGCCUUGAUUCGCCGGAGCGAGCGAAGAGCAGGGCUGGGAAGCAGGAGGAGAAGAGAGGGAGAGAGGGAGAGAGGGAGAGAGAAAGAAAAGAGAGGGAUUCCCCUCUUCUGCCUUUGGCGUUGCAAUCCGAGCUUUUCUCCCGAUCCGGCUUUUCUUUCCCCCCCUUUGGGCUCCUCCGUGAAAGGGUGGGGGGGAAGAAGCGAAGGAGAAGGGUCCGCCAGCCCGGCACCGUUCCCGAUUUGGGGCCACCAUGGGAUGUACGUUGAGCGCCGAGGAAAGAGCCGCCUUGGAAAGGAGCAAAGCGAUCGAGAAGAACCUCAAGGAAGAUGGGAUCACCGCGGCCAAAGAUGUGAAAUUACUCCUGCUAGGGGCUGGGGAAUCCGGAAAAAGCACAAUUGUGAAGCAGAUGAAGAUCAUCCAUGAAGAUGGCUUUUCUGGAGAAGACGUGAAGCAGUACAAGCCUGUGAUCUAUAGCAACACUAUUCAAUCCUUGGCAGCUAUUGUCCGUGCCAUGGACACGCUGGGCAUAGAAUACGGGGAUAAGGAAAGACGGGCUGAUGCCAAGAUGGUCUGUGAUGUCGUGAGUCGGAUGGAAGACACGGAGCCCUUCUCUCCAGAGCUGCUUUCGGCAAUGAUAAGGCUUUGGUCCGAUAGUGGCCUUCAAGAGUGUUUCAACCGGUCCCGAGAAUAUCAGCUCAACGACUCUGCUCAAUACUAUCUAGACUGCUUAGAUCGAAUUGGAGCUCCCGAUUACCAGCCCACAGAGCAAGACAUCCUUCGAACCAGGGUCAAAACAACCGGCAUUGUAGAAACCCAUUUCACAUUCAAAAACCUCCAUUUCAGGCUGUUUGAUGUUGGGGGUCAGAGAUCGGAGCGUAAGAAGUGGAUUCACUGUUUUGAGGAUGUCACGGCAAUCAUUUUCUGUGUCGCGCUGAGUGGGUAUGACCAGGUACUUCAUGAAGAUGAAACAACGAAUCGCAUGCAUGAAUCGCUGAAGCUGUUUGAUAGCAUCUGUAACAAUAAAUGGUUCACAGAUACCUCCAUUAUCCUCUUCCUCAAUAAGAAGGACAUCUUUGAAGAGAAGAUUAAGAAAUCCCCCUUAAUUAUCUGCUUUCCAGAUUAUACAGGAACCAGCAACUUCCCGGAUGCGGUGACUUACAUCCAGACGCAGUACGAGAGCAAGAAUAAGUCAUCCAACAAAGAGAUAUACACUCACAUCACCUGUGCCACCGACACCAACAACAUCCAGUUUGUCUUUGAUGCUGUAACUGAUGUCAUAAUUGCCAAUAAUUUGCGCGGAUGUGGACUAUAUUAAAACCCCUCCCUCCCUUCCCCCUCCGGCCUGUAGAAGAAUCUCAAUUCAUUGCUUUGUUUGAUUCGGUCUCCUUACUCUUCUUAUGUAGCCCUAAGACCCAUCCGUUUCUUUCAGAGGAAAGGGUUGGGGAGCAUAGGUUCUGCACCAGUGGUUGGUUUCUACCAGUUUGCGCUGGUUCGCUCUGCACAUGUGGAGUGGAUGGGUGGAGCCUCUCACUGCUGCCAUUACUGUUCUGCACUCCACUUUGGUCUGUUAUGGUGGGGAAAAAGAUCUUGAAAAUUGUUGCCGGUGUCUCCAUUCACAGGGUUUUUCUCCUCCGUAUACACACGAAAGGGAUAAAGAGAAUAAUCAGCUCAGUGGUGAAAUCUAAAAUUAGUUACUGUGGGCGUGGCUUGGUGGUGGUGGGGGGUAAUGUGACUGGGUGGGCGUGGCCAAUUUUUUUUUUUAACUUUUAAAACUAUUUUUUCUACAACCUCUUCUGCGAAGAGGUUGUAAAAAAAAUGCUUUCAAAAGGCUCUGACGAUCCCAGCUGAGUUGCCUGAUCGGCAGAGGCUUUUUUAAAAAGUCUCUGCCGGUCAGGCAACUCAGCUGGGAUCGUCAGAGGCAUUUAAAAGAAAAAAAGGUUUUUUUUUUUAAAAGCCUUUGACGAUCCCAGCUGAGCCGUACGAUCAUCAGAGGCUUUUUUUAUAUAUAUAUACUUUUAAAAGCAUUUUUUCGGCCGAAGAGGUUGUAGAAAAAAUGCUUUAAAAAGUUUUUAAAAAGCCUCUGAUGAUUGUGCGGCUCAGCUGGGCAGAGGGGGUGGGCAGGGAUUUUUGCUACUGGUUCUCCGAACCACCCGCCUCCAUCGCUACCGGAUCAGGCGAUCCGGUCUGAACCGGGAGCAUUUCACCCCGUGAAUAAGCUCCGGAAAUGCCCGGGAGGAAAUUUUGUAAAAAUUGCUGAUUUCCCAAAUCUUACUCAAACUUUCAACUCUUCUUUCCAUUUUCCCACUUCUGUUCCUCUGCUUUUAAAUUCUCUGAUCUCUUUUUUCACAAAAAGCCUAAGAAGAUCAUAAAAAAUAGAUAUAUUAUUAAUGUUUUGGCUGAUACAUUUUUUUUCAUUGUUUCUCCCUCCCUCCCCCUCCAAUCUCUUCCCUUCCACCCAACCUGGACUUUCGUGUCUCCAAAUUUUACUGUUUGUCCAUUCUGAAAUGCCUCCGAAAUUCCUGAAUAUUGAAUUUCAAGAGCAAGAAUUCCGUGUAUUCAUUUUUGCCGUUCAAGCAAAACAUACCCGAUCCACACAUUUAAGGACUAGACAAUCAGUGGCCAAGUCUUAAAUCGGAUAAAAGAGCAGCCUGCUCCGUUUUAACUCCCAGGAUCAGAGUUGUCCUCAUCUUGAGAAGGUUGUGUUUUCCACUCUCAUUCUCACUGUGGUUCAGAAUUCUUUCUUUUUUUUCCCAUUUAUUCAUUGGAAGCGGAUAAUUGUUGGGCUUGUCUAGCAAAAUAUCUUUCUAGCACCCUGCCGGAGUAAUGUGCCUUUUUCAGAAAACAUGAAACUGGAACUAUAGGUUUACAUCAUGAAUGUGUCCAACAUUCCUGAUAUAAACUGAAAUAACAGAGUUGGAAGGGAUCUUGGAGGUCUUCUAGUCUAACCUCCUUAACUUAACACCAUCCUGAAGAAAUAGCUGUCCAGUCUCUUUUUGAAAACCUCCAGUAAUGGAGCUCCCACAACUUAUAACCACCCAUCUUAUAGUACACACACACACACCUCUGGGCAGCUGAAUGAGAGGUUCACAAAGAACACAGUCUGCCAAGCAAAGAUUUCAUUUUUCAUGGAAAGAAAUAAGGAUGACAUAAGAGCCUUGGUGGCGCAGCAGACUAAAGCACUGUUAAGUAACACCAGCUGCCUGCAAUUACUGCGAGUUCAAAUCUCACCAGGCUCAAGGUUGACUCAGCCUUCCAUCCUUCCGAGAUAGGUAAAAUGAGGACCCGGUUUGUGGGGGCAAUAAGCUGACUUUGUAUAAAAAAAGAACACCGCUUAGAGGGGGCCGAAAGCCCUACUAAGCAGGUAUAUACAAAAGUAUGCAAGCUAUUGCUUAACGCAUUGUAAGCCGCCCUGACUCUCCGGAAAAGGGCGGCAUAUAAAUCGAACCAAUAAAUAAAUAAAGGAGCCUGGAUAGCUCAACAAAUAGAGCUCUGUAAUUUAACACCAGCUGUCUGCAAUUAAAAUAAGAUCGAAUCUCGCCAGGCUCAAGGUUGACUCAGCCUUCCAUCCUUUCUAAGGUAGGUAAAUUGAGGACCCAGAUUGUGGGGGCAAUAAGCUGACUUUGUAUAAAUAUACAAAAGUAUGAAGGCUAUUGCUUAACGCCUUGUAAGCCGCCCUGAGUCUCCGGAGAAGGGCGGCAUAUAAACCAAAUAAAUAAAUAAAUAAAUAAAUAAAUAAAUAAAUUAAAUAAAUAAGGGACCGUGUAUUUUGAUGGGCACACCAAAGGUCCCAUCACAGGAUCCUUUUAAAUUUGAAACCAGCUUUGUGUACCUUCCUUCUUUAGAAAGGUAAGGAGCAAGGCCAAUCAAGUAGAGUAGAGAAAAGGAAGUAAGGAGAGCCAGUUUGGUCCUGGGGGUGAAGAUAGCAGGCUAGGAAGCAGGAGGUUGUGAGUUCCAGUCUCGCCUUAGCCACGAAAGCCAAUUGGGUGAGUUUGGGCCAAUCACUAGGACCGCAAUGGUGAACCUAUGGCACGCGUGCCACAGGUGGCACACGUAGCCAUAUCGGUGGGCACUACGAGCUCAGCUCCCACCGGAAGUUAGCAAACGGGCCAUUUCUGGUCUCUGGAGGGCUCCGGGGGGUGGGGGGAGGCUGUUUUCGCCCACCCCAGACUCUAGAAAGGCUCUGGAGGCUGGGGAGAGCAAAAAACAGGCCUUCUGGUCCCACUAGAAGUUGGCAAACGGGCCAUUUCUGGCCUCCAGGGGGAUGGGGAAGGCCAUUUUUGCCCUCCCCAGACUCCUAGAAAGGCUCUGGAGUCCUACCAUCCUAUCGCGUGCCAGGAGUGGGGGGAGUGGGGGAGCGCGCACACACAUGUGCAGGGGCAGGGUGCAUAGAAUUAUGGGUGUGGGCAUGCACGCGGCUGACACCUCACCCCACCCCCGCUCCUGGCACGCGAUGGCAAAAAGGUUAGCCAUCCCUGCACUAGGAGACAGUGAUUCUAGUCCCACCUUAGACAUCAAAGCUGAUUGGGUUACCUUGGACCAGUCUCUCUCAGCCCGACGCUCCCUCACAGGGUUGUUGUGCUGGGCAAACAAGAAGGAGGAAGUCAUGUUGGAUAUGUUGCUUUGAGUUAAAGUAAUAAAGGCACGGUACAAACAAAUAGAUAAAUAGGAUGGUUCACCACCAUAUCCAACAGAAUUACGGUCCAAGGCAGUGUUCCUGGCUCAUAGUUAGAUUUAUCAGGUAUUGUGAUAGUCAGAGUGAAGAAGAGGCAAUGGAGGUUGGAAUCUGGUUUGAGAUGACAAGAGCGUCAAAAAGUGCCGUGUGAAUGAGGCAGAGGGCAAUCGGAAAUCGCGGGAAAUGUGGGAGUAAAUAGAUGAAAGAAAAACCAAGCGAGACGGAUAAUGGAGCUAAGAGUUAUGCCGGGGACUCCUCAGUUUGAACGAAGGCAAGUAGAAAGUCCAAGGAAGUUGAUUUUGGAAUGGGAAAAGUAGCAAAAGACACAUUCAAAGGCCAGAAGGAAACAGUUGCAAAACCUACUGUGGAAAGUCAUGGAUUAAGUUCUCCAGAAGUUGUGAGUGCUCCAUCACUUUAAAAAAAGUUUUUAAAGAAGCGAUUGGACAACCAUUUGCCUGAACUGGUCAAGAGUUUCCUGCCUGAAUAGGGAGUUGGACUAGGUCCCUUCCAACUUUAUUAUUCUCUUAAUUUUAUGACUAUCUGGCUUUCCUGAAACCGUAGAAGAAUGCUAGGUUUGUAUGCAUCUACGGAAGGCAGGUAGAUCUUAACUGAAUCUGAAUUAUCAGGUAGAAAAACAAAUAUCUUCUUAUUGGAUGCUUUCUGUAUGUAUCAGGCUCAAUUUCCCCAUAAUCCACCAUCCUGACCGUUAGUGGUGCUAACUGGGGAUUAUGGGAGAGAUGUUCCAAGAGAUGCGUUGAAGGCAUCAGAUUGCCCUUGCCAAUUAGAGACACGAGAUAAUGUAAAGUUGUUUCAGCUAAUGGAAUUUAGGGGAAUGGGAUGAGAGCAGAAACGAUGAAGUGAUAAGAUACGAAAUAGGAGCCUGCCCUCAGGAAUCUGUUAUGGAUCUUCUGCAGAGUUUGGAAUGCUUUGUUAAUUAUUAGACUAGAAGUGUUAAUUUUUUUAAAAAAAAGAACAAGUAAUAAUUGAGUCUUCAACAAAUUGAGUUCAAAAUGACUCUUGCUAAGCAAGAGAGUUAUGUGAUUUUCCACCCCCCCAUUUUAAGACCUUUCUUGCCACCGUUGUUAAGUGAAACACUGCAGGUGUUAACUUAGUAACUCGGUUGUUAAGUGAAUCUGGCUUCCCCGUUGACUUUUGCUCGUCUCAAAAGUGACCUUGAGACACUGCAACCGUCAUAAAUAUGUCUCAGCUGCCAAACAUCCGAAUUUUGAUCACACGAUCAUGGGGAUGCUGCAGCGGUCGUAACUGGGAAAAACGAUCAUCAGUCACUUUUUUCAAUAUCAUUGUAACUUCAAUCGGUCACUAAAUGAACGGUUGUAACUCGAGGACUGCCUGCAUUCAAAUGAACUGUAUGGACUUUCUUUGGAAGAAUAAAAAAGAAGGAAGGGCAUUCGGGAAGAAAAAUAAAUAAGUAAGACAAGACAGAGACUGAAGCCGUGGUGGUAUUCAGCCAGUUCUAUUCGGUUUGGGUGAACCGGUAGAGGCGACUGAGGGAGGCUCCGCCCACCCGCCCAGACGUCAUCACGUCCCGUUUUUGACACUGCGCAUGCGUGAAGGUCCUGUGCAUGUGCAGAGGUUGCGUGUGCGCUCACAUUUGCAAACCGGUAGCGUAGGUAAGUGAAUACCACCCCUGGACUGAAGUAGAGGAAAGAAGAAGAGAACAGAACAGGAGAGAAGAGGAGAGAAGAGAAGAGAAGAGAAGAGAAGAGAAGAGAAGAGAAGAGAAGAGAAUUUUUUAUUGGCCAAGUGUGAUUGGACACACAAAGAAUUUGUCUUGGUGCAUACGCUCUCAUUGUACAUAAAAAGAAGGAACCACAUUCAAAAAAAUGGCAAAAACAUAGUUGAGCUAGAGGGGAGUUGAAUGUAAAUGCUGUAUUGUUGGAAACCUAACUCUGAAACUAAGUCUGAAAUUCACACCUAGGUGAUCAACUUCUACUUUUAUUCAAUUAAUGCUGGGGUUCUGAUGGGGUUGGGCCAGGAAUUUGAUAGUCAGUUGUUCUGGCACCAGGUGAGAAGAGGUGUUCUAUUUUUAUUCUGUUUUUAUGAGCCACUAUGGGAGCCAGGCGGCAAUAUACAUCCUCUAAAUACUUAAAUAAAUAGAAAUGAAAUGAAAAACUUGGUUGGGAACUUCAAAUUACUGCAAUUGUAGAUGCUUGAGAGAAGAACGUGAACAAUGGACUCUACGUGUUCUUGGAAAAUGUCUCUGGGGAUCAGUGGCUUAACUAUUGAAGAGUAAUGCUGAAUGGAUGGGUUUCAUUUUUGCUUUUUAUCUUUGUUGCCUAAUUUAAGCCAAAAUAUACAAUGGACUAAGUGUUAAUGUAAGCCAACUGUCAACGUAUUUGCAAAAGUGGACGUUGAAUAGGGAGCAUUGUCUAGUCGUUGUUUUUAAUGUUAGUCAUGAAGUUGUGUCCGACCCAUCGCGACCCCAUGGACAAUGUUCCUCCAGGCCUUCCUGUCCUCUAGCAUCCUCUGGAGUCUAUUUAAGCUCACGCCGACUCCUUCAGUGACUCCAUCCAGCCACCUCGUUCUCUGUCAACCCCUUCUUCUUUUGCCCUCAGUCUUCCCCAGCAUUAGGCUCUUCUCCAGUGAGUCCUUCCUUCUCAUUAGGUGGCCAAAGUCUUUUGAGUUUCAUCUUCAGGAUCUGGCCUUCUAAAGAGCAGUCAGGGCUGAUCUCCUCUAGGACUGACCGGUUGGAUCGCUUUGCAGUCCAAGGGACUCGCAGGAGUCUUCUCCAGCACCAGAGUUCAAAGGCCUCAAUUCUUUGCCACUCAGUCUUUCUAAUGGGCCAACUUUCACAGCCAUCCAUUGCAACUGGGAAAAGUCUAGUCGUACAGGUGGGUAAUAUUUUGAGAAUAUUCCUAUUGGAUAUUUUCAGAGCUGUAAAAGAAAUGUGUUUAUUUGUGCUUUGAAGCAAAUUCACAUCCGAUACUUCUCUGAAUGAAAGCCUAAAUUAAAAGAUUUGGAAUUCGAUUGUAACUCUACUUAGGGCAGUAUUUCUCAGCCUCAGACACUUUUAAGGUGUGUGGACUCCCAGAAUCCCUCAGCCAUCAGGAAGCCCACACAUCUUAAAAUGGCUGAAAUUACACCGAUCUUACUGUGAAGGAUAAGUGGACGUUCGGUUUACCUGGAACAUCUUUGCAAUAAUUUUAGGGUGGGGUUUUUUUAUUAUUAUUUCUCAACCUUAGCAACUUUAAACUGGGUGAACGUCAACUCCCAGAAUUUCCCAGCCAGCAGAGGGAAUUCUGGGGGAUUUUGAUUUUCGUGGCUUGCUCAGGAAUUCUGGGAUUUGAAAUCCACACAUCUUAGAAGUCGGCCAAUGUGAAAAACAUGGAUUUGGUACCUUCCAAAUGUAUGAAAUGAUGUGAUUGUUGACCCAUUCUGCUUGGGAAUUUGGGAAGGUGCAAUCUCAGCAUUUUUGGAGGGCACCUAAUCCGUCUGCAAUAAUUUUUGCAGGGACGUCUCGUCUAACCAUCGCCGAAAAAAUGCACUAGAUUGCUACAACACAAGCUCUUUCUACCCUUAAAUAUUUGCAUAUAGUAAAAUUCUACUUAUCUUACCCAGGCACAUUGACGGGGAAUCCUAAAUCAAUGCCUUGGUGGAAAUCCCAAAGUCAAGACUGGCAUAUAAAUUUUUGCAGUGUUUCCCAAUCUUAAAGCAUCUCCUUAUCUUUGGCUUUUAAAAUCUUAAUAUAGCUGUCAACUCGCAAAGCAUCCGUGGCCUGUUCUCAAAUUGCCAUAGGCAAGGAGGAUGGGAAACCGACAAAGCAGCAUUGCAGCCAAAGACAGAAGCACAUUUCAGAGAUAUUUUUUUCAAGGCUGUCUCCCAGGGUUACCCACAGUGACCGGAGGGGAGUGAUCUCUACCACCCGUGAAAUUGCUCCGUUGGCGAAUGUGAUUGAUGAUACACCCUGGGGAGAGGGGGGAAACAAGGUUAUGAUUGGGGCUGUAAAUUAUGUGGGGGUCAGAGUUGGUUUCAUUUGGGAACGUGCUGACAUGAAGCUCCUAAUAAAUAACUGGAUUUCUUUUGAAGCUUGGCUCGAGGCUCUUGAUUUAAUUAGGGCAUUCAUUGAAACCCUGACAAUAGCCUCCUGUAGCAUGGAAUGUUCUAGAACAGGAUUCUCCAAACUUGGCAACUUUAAGACCUAUGGACUUCAACUCCCAGUCUUAAAGUUGCCAAGUUUGGAGACCCCUGUUCUAGAAAUUCAUGCCGUAGAAUUUCUCCCAUAGAAUGGCAUGUCAUAGGGGUGGACAUUGGAGGAAGCUACAUUACUGUCUUAAUCUCAAAGCAAUUCAACAGGACAUUCUAUCUUUUGCCACAAAAAGAGGGAGGGUUAAUUAAUCUGCAAAUAGAGACAUGCUCCUGUUAAACUUAGCAAUAUUCUUAGUUCAUUGUUGUAUAAUUGCCCUCUGCAGGGAUGAGUAACCACAACAAACAGGACACACUGGGUUAUUUUUUUUUUCUCUUCACCUUUUGCAAGCAAGCUUCCCUAUUUACCAGUAAAUCAGUACUGAGUGACAAAGGGCUUCUCCAAGGAGUCACGCUCACAAAGAAAUAGUCGGCGUCUUCAACACGAGUGCCUUCUGCAAAUGUGAAUUAAUCUAUAAUAUUCAUAUGAAAAGCGUCCAUAUCAGUGGUGGGUUUCAAAAAUUUUUACUACCGGUUCUGUGGGUGUGGCUUGGUGGGCCUGGCAGGGGACGGAUACUGUAAAAUUUCCAUUCCCACCCCACUCUAGGGGAAGGAUACUGCAAAAUCCCCAUUUCCUCCUGAUCAGCUGGGACUUGGGAGGCAGAGAAUAGAUGGGGGUAGGGCCAGUCAGAAUUUUUACUACCGGUUCUCCGAACUACUCAAAAUUUCCACAACAGGUUCUCCAGAACUGGUCAGAACCAGCUGAAACCCACCUCUGGUCCAUAUUGCAUGCUUUAAGAAUAAGAAUAAGAAUAAUUUUAUUUCUAUACCGCCCUUCUCCCGAAGGACUCAGGGCGGUGUACAGCCUAUUAAAAGCACAAGACAAACAUCGAUUAAAAUAAUUUAAAAUUAUUAAAUAAUUCGGCUCAAUUUAAAACCCCAGAAAUUUCAAACACCCAAUUUAAAAUUAUUAUGUUGAUAGCCCGGCCUGGUGGAACAACAGGGUCUUUAAGGAUGCUAUCAUUCUGUAUUCCAGGAAUGCAGUAACAAGAAAGAUCAAUGUUGCAAUGUAUAAAUCACACAACCUUGAAGAGAUUGCUGACUGAUGGAUGUUUAGUUGUGUGCUGUUAAAUUGGUUUUGACUUUUAGCAACCAUAUAAAUAGAUUUUUUUUCCCCCCAGGAUAGUCUGUCCCCAACCUGGUCUGUCCGAACUUGCAAUGAUGCAUUUAUGUUAUUGCUAUUGUUUCAUUCUGUGUAGCAUACCUCAUUAUCUGUGUGGCUGGUCUGCCUAAUUGAUUCUCCAUUUGCGACAGAGGGAAAAGGGCAGGAUGGAGAAAUAAUCGCUUCGUUUCUGAAAAGUCUUCAUAGAGUCAUGGUUACCUAAGUCACUAUUUCUAGAUUUUUUUUAAAGCUCUGCCCACAAUGUGAAGGGUUAGAAACUUGCAGCCCUUUUUUUUUUUAAUGUGAUCAGAAUCUUAACUUUUUCGGGACUCGAGCAGAAUUCAGAAAUUCUCCUCUACAAAUCUGCCAUUUUUCUUCCAAUCUAAACUGUAGUUUCCCCCCAAUUCCUAACACACUUAUUUCCUGAAAACCAACACUGUCAGAAACAGUUCAAAAAUUUUAGCAAGAGGGUCAUUGCCCGGUUGCUGGGUGGGCGUGGCCAUGGUAGGCGUGGCCUCCUGCACCACAGGGGUGCAUUUUUGCCCUCCCCGGGCUCCGGAGGCUUUCCUCGAGCCUCUGGGAACACGAAAACGGCCUCUCCAGGCUGUGGAGGCCCCCUGGAGCUUCCCGAAUUUCCGAUAGGCCCAUUUUUCACCCUCCCUGAGCCUCCGCACACAGCUUGCAUUUACCUGCAUCCAAAAUGGGCCACAUGGGGACUCCUGGGAGGGAUGGGGUGGGCGAGACCAGCCAGGAGUGGGAUUUGGCAAAAUCAAGGGGGAAGUCAGAUUCACUUAACAACCGUGUGAUCCAGUGAUUCACUUAACCACUGUGGCCAGAAAGGUCGUAAAAUGGGGCAAAAUUCACUUAACGAAUGUCUCACUUAGCAACGGAAAUUUUAGGCUCAGUUGUGGUCAUAAGCCAAGGAAAUCCGUGCCAAAAUAUAACGGGAAGGGAAAUGCUUGCUCUGGACUCAAACAUUGUGGCUAUGCACAAAUGCGUUUGCCAUAAAGAAUGUGAAACAGCUAUUGUAGAAAUGCAAUAUUGACACCCUUAAGAACAUCUGCUUGACUUCUGCAGCCCAAUGACUUUGAAUUCUGACGUUUAAAUGAGACGUGAGCUUUAAAAUGUGGGUUUAGGUGAGGUUGUGAGGCUUUUGACAGCUCUCAUGGUGCGACGAGCUACAGUGUUGCAGUAACCAUCUUACACUGUCUGUGGCCAUCUUACAUUGCUUUCUAUGCCCCUGAAGGUCUUAUUAAUGUUGGUGAUAUUUGUAGCUCAUUAGCAGAGAAUUGAUUGUUGUGCCACAUUGAAGAGAAAACAAAUGACAAAUUGCACUGCGUGACAUCAUCGGCACCAAACAACUCAUAUCGUGACUCAACUGAUGUGAAUUGCCUACUGACAUCGUCGGUAGGAAUGAUAUCAUUGUGCGCAUCUCAUUAUGGCAGCACGGUGGCUUGUAACAAAUACCUAUGACGCCAAACUGAGCCUCAAAGCAGUAAAUUGCUGGGUUUUUAUUAUCUCUGCACUGCAGAGAAGGGCUGACGACGAGACAGUUUGUGUUAACGGUUAAAAGCUUGCUUGGUAAUACAAUGCUCACCCCAGGAAUGGGUUUUACUUACCUCCGCUACCUGUUCGUAACGGGAGCAUGCACAGAUUGUUCAUGAUGACGUCCAGGCGGGUAGGCGGAGCCUCCUGCCACCGAUACUACCAGUUCGCAAGAACAGGACCGAACCGGGAGCAACCCACCACUGCCUCGCCGUGGAUAACAUAUCCCGCAAUCCUAUUUAAUAGUGACUGUCAAAAUGGGAAGAUGUUUUGCAAAGUGUGGAACAUUCCAAGAGAGAUUUUACUCCCUGUGCCUGCAUAACAUGUUGUAUGUAGCCCAGUGGUGAAAUGUAAAUUUUGUUACUAACGGUUCUGUGGGCGUGGCUUGGUGGGGGGGGGUAAUAUGACUGAGUGGGCAUGGCCAACUUUUUUUUUUUUUUUUUUACUUUUAAAACCAUUUUUCUACAACCUCUUUGGGUGAAGAGGUUGUUUAAAAAAUGCUUUUAAAGCCUCUGACGAUCCCAGCUGACUUGCCUGAUUGGCAGAGGCUUUGUUUUUACUUUUAAAAGCAUUUUUUCUAUAACCUCUUCAGCCCAAGAGGUUGUAGAAAAAAUGCUUUUAAAAAUAAAAAAAAAGCCUCUGAUGAUCGUGUGGCUCAGUUGGGCAUGGGGGGGGGCAGGGAUUUUUGCUACCGGUUCUCCGAACCACCCGCCUCCAUCGCUACUGGAUCAGGCGAUCCGGUCCGAACCGGGAGUAUUUCACCCCUGAUGUAGCCCCUUGUAAGGAGAGGGUGAUGUAAAACAAAUGACUAUUUGGCCUUUUCGUACCUUAGGGAUCUCUUUUUCAAUUUUUCUUCGGCACGAAGAUAUAAUUGAGGCUAUAUAUCAAGGCUGCCUUAAUCCAUCACUGUAAGUCAUAAUGUAACUUCUUUCCUUUUUAGUCUAGAAUCCACCCAUGUGGUCCAUAAACUCUCGUUCAGUGAUGGUGAACCUUUUAGACCAGGGGUCUCCAACCUUGGCAACUUUAAACCUGGUGGACUUCAGCUGUGUUGGCUGGGGAAUUCUGGGAGUUGAAGUCCUCCAGGCUUAAAGUUGCCAAGGUUGGAGACCCCUGUUUUAGACACUGACUGCCCAAACUGCAUGUGCGUACAUGCCCAAACUGAAAGAUGCACACGUGUGCAUACACGGACAUGCAUGGACAUGCACGCAGACAUGCAAAAACAUGCGUGCAUGUGCAGUAGAGACCCGAAGACCUGCUGGCUGGAGAGAGGUGGGGCAUCCCAACACCGGCAGCGUGGUGAGAAGUAAGAUCUUUUUCUUUCGUGACCUUCCGUUUUGUUGUUUGCAGGGAAACAGAAGCUCACAAAACAAACGCCAUGGAGAUCUGAUGCAUGCCAUAGAUUCGCCAUCACCAUCCUAUUUAUAGGUUUGUGUGGUGUGUGAAGCCAGCAAGUUGUGAUUUAUGUGACUUUUUUUUCUUUUAACGACCCUGUAAUCCAGUGAUGUGGUCCCCAAUCUUUUGGACAUCAGGAACUGGUUCCGUGGAGAGAGGUUUUUCCGUGGACUGGAGGGGCCAUAGUUUCAUGUGCUGCCUGCAUCCCACGGAUGGGGCUUCGUUUGUUUGUGUUGCCCUGUUUCUGGCAGGCCACGGACCAGUGCCCAGACCAGGGGUUGGGGACCUCUGCUGUAAUCCCUUGCAUUUCCUAGUUUGUAACAGGGACGCAAGGGAGCUUUGUUGCUUGACUGCAUUAAACCUAUUUCAGCACUUCAAGCUGCAUCUACUCUAGUGCUGACAUAAGAAGGAGGAGCGGAGGCAUCUGGAAAGGGAUGUUUGACUUUUCACCUACUUAUUUUCCCUGGAGAUAAUAUCCCCUAGGAGAUGGGAUGGGAGGGGGGAAAUUCCUUUGAGUGGAGCAGUAGAUAGGGGUAGAGUGACUUGGAAGAUGGCCAAUGAGUGCAGGGGAAUGGGGAACGGAAAGGGAGAGUUUUGGGUCUGGAAGUCAGUGUUUGGCUACGAUGAGUCGCGCUUUGAAUGUCGUGCUUAAUAAAUGGGAGUUUUCUUCAAAGACUUUGUUUGAAAUGCAAUUUAUUUGAGACGACCUCGAAACUUGACAACCUACUUGGGGUUAUGCUAUAGUGGUAGGAGGAGUGAGGGGGGCACAUGAUGCAAGCAGCAUCAUGCCACAACCUCCAGCCCUUUUUUGCAUGCAUCAAGGUGCAUCAGCCCAACGCUGCUUUUUGUCAUUUUAUUGAAAAACAUUUGAUCUAGCAGAACGUCUGUGUUACAAUUUUACUUUGUUUUCCACCUUAAAAAGGCAGAAAAUCUCGUUCCUGAUUUUUGGCAAUAUUGAAUAAUUCGAUGGGAUUCCGACAUUGGCCAUCCCAAAUUGUUUGAUCAGAGAUUUAGAGAUUAUACCCUGGAAACUGUUUUUUAUCGGGUUUAUCGAUAGGUGUCUCAACAAGUGGGAGCAUCUGACCAACCUUUUGCUGAGCUCUGAAGCUAAAUAGGAUCCGGCCAGUUGGGCCUUUGAUGGGAGACAUUCAGAGAAUUCCAGGGCUGCAAAUUGCAGUAGUGGCCAAAAUUCUGGAAAUCUUUUGGGAAAAGUGUAUUUUCUAAAACUAGCUAAUAACAUCACUUUUUUUUUUUUGGAGUAGCAUAAAAUUAUAUAUCAAUGGAAAGAUAAUUUAAAUAAGAAUGUAAUACAAUAACUUUUAUGAAGGAUUUGCUAUUAGAAUAGCAGUUACAGUAUAAAGAAGAAAAGUGAAACACGUAGAAAAAAUAGAGAUAUACAAAAAUGAUCACCAUAGAAAAAACGAGAUGUACAAAAAUUAUCACGUCGGUUAACCUUUAGCAUGUACGACAGCCUUACAAUGUCUUCCCAUGGAGUGAAUCAAGUCCUUUAGCUCUGCAGCUAUUAUAAUGUGAAACCAAGAUUGAAGGAUUGCUUCUAUUAACCAGGUUUUAUUGCUGGAUCGCUUCUGACUAACAGGUUUCUUUAGUCGGCUCCAUAGAGUUUCAAUUGGGUGAAGGUCUGGGCUAUUCCCAAGCCAUUCCAGCAGUAGAAUAUGAUUAUCUCUAAACUCCAAACAAAAGUGGUGUUAUUAGCCAUCAAACCUCAAAAAUACACUUUUCCACAAUUGUGGCCACUAUUGUAGAAAAAGAAGGGAAAAGGGUGCAGGUAGAAAUCAAUGGCAAAGUAUGUUUAUAAUGGUGGCUGUUAUCCUCUACCAUCCAGAGUUUCCUGGAAAUGGAAUGGGUUAUGAGCAUCAUUAGAUCAAUAAAUAAAAUAUAUGGCUGGCAAGGAAAUUGUUUGGAUGUGCCCAUGACUUUCCAGGGAGUUGAGCGCAACACAAAGGUAUCUUUAGAUCUACAUGUAUUUAAUGAUUUUCCCUUUCUGUCGCAAUAAAAAAAUAAUAAUGGGUCUGGAGCCAAUCUGGAGAGUCCUAUGCAACCCUGUAAUAUAUUAUCCAGUCUUCUUGAUAUUUCCUUUUUUUUUUUUCCUAUCAUGCCUCUUUUUUCUUUCUUUUUUCCUGCUGGCUGCUUAAAAUGCUUUACAGAGAUAAGAGUUUUGAAGGAGACGGGAGUUUGCUGAACCUCUCCUUUAUGUUUGCAAAUUAGCUGCAGAAUCUUUUUAUUCCGAUUUUUUUUUCCAUGUUGGAUCAGCCACAACGGUUUUAAUGAUCAUUUUGUAUGAUGUGUGAAUGAGCCUCAGUCCAGUCCGAGAGUUCUUUUGAUUCUUAUUGUAAUAAUUUAUUGGCUGUCAUGUAUUUAUUAGUUACCAAAUCUUUAAUAAAGUGCCAGCUAUUUUCUAGUG